GUUUCAGUUAUUCAUCUUUCUUCUCUCACUACCUCUUUCCUUCAACCCACCAAGGGUUUUACACUUUUUUACCUUAAACCCAUGGCUCUUACGAUGAGAGCUGCAGCGGCGGCGGCGCCCCGCGGUUUGCGCCGCUUCUUCUGUUCGAAUCCAGUCCCCUCUUCUCCCACUUUCCCUUUCGCUUCUACGCAACCUUCCGGAACUACUUCCGCUCGACAGAUGGCCGAUCCCAACACCAACCUCUUCGUCUCUGGGCUUAGCAAACGUACUACAACAGAGAGACUGCGAGAAGAGUUUCAAAAGUUUGGUGAAGUGGUUCAUGCGAGGGUGGUAACUGACCGAGUCUCAGGUUACUCUAAGGGGUUUGGUUUUGUUCAAUAUGCUACUUUAGAAGAUGCUGCUAAAGGCAUUGAAGGCAUGGAUGGCAAGUUUUUGGAUGGCUGGGUUAUAUUUGCAGAGUAUGCAAGACCAAGACCCCCACCUGGAGAAGCUGUAAAUAAUACGACUAAACAGUACGGCCGACCUUAUUAGUUCAUGCUCAUCCGAAACAUUUUUGUGCUUUAUUGUUAUAUGUUUGACAUUGCAAAUCACAAAGUAUUAUUUAUUUAGACAAUGGCAUGGAUGAUGAUGCCUAGCUGGUCUUAAAUUAUUGACAAAUAUUUGACUGUUGAUAAGGGAGGAUGAUAUGAUAUUGUUGUAAUACAGAUUUGUCUUUGAUAUGCCCUAAACACUUCUCUGGAUUACAUUC